UUAUUUUUAAGACCGGCUCGGGUUGUGCAGGCAGCCCCGCCGCCCUGACACACACCGCCGAGACUGACGCUCCCUCUCUCGGACUGACAGGCCAAUCGCAGGCCGUCGCUCGCCCUCCCUCCAUCCUCUCUCUCUCUCUCUCUCUCACUCCCUCCUCCUCCUCCUCCUGCUCUUCUCUCUCUCUGGUUCUCAUUCCUUUGCAUUCAAUCCGUGCAUCUCCUCCUCCUCCACCUCCUCCUCCACCACCUCCUCCUCCUCCUCACACCUUUUGGUCAGAAGAGGAAGAGGAAGCCCAGCCCAGGGAGAGACGCUGAGAGGAUGAAACUCUGACGCGCCGACAGACCACAGGGAAACAAGAGCACAACUAUAAUUGCUUGAAGGAAGCGCCCGGGAAGGUCAGCCAAGUAUCCCGCCGUAGGUGCCAAAGUGAAAUCUACGGGACUACAAUUACUUGGACAGACUGAGAGGCGGCGGAGCAAAGUGAAUGACAGACAGCGAUUGGUUUAGUGUGGCGUCGACUUUGGGCUUCAACCUCGGCAUCAACAAGUGAUUUCUCUCCUUCCCGACAUCUCCGACCUCUGACCUGCAGCUUCUCACAGGUUGUAUCUGACGGAGGGACCGGCGCCGCGCUCUCCCCCAUCCCCGCGCUCCUCCAACAACAACACUGUUCGUCAGCACCUGUGGCAGCAGCAGCGAGUCGAGUGACCGAGCUUCAGCCCGACCGGCUUUACCUGUACAUGGAGACCCCCAGCUGGGCAGGAAACACGUUGUGUAAGUCAGGAAGCAUUGCUGUCUUCGGGAACGUGGUAUACAGCGGACUGCUGAACGAUCACCUCUGGCAUUUGGGAGUGCCCCUCUUUACAAGACUGGGUAACCAAGAGGCCACCAACCCCCCAGAAGCGAUGGCCCAGCCGUACACCCCAGCCCAGUACCCACCACCCCCACAGAAUGGCAUCCCCGCAGAGUUUGCGGCACCGCACCCGCUUCCGACACAGGACUACACCGGACAGAGCCGGGUCCCCGAGCACGCCAUGACCCUGUACACGCCCACACAGACGCACAGCGAGCCGGCCGGCACUGACAACAGCACGCCCGCCAUCACCGCCACCACGACCGCACCGGUCAGUGUCCUUCAUCACCUGCAAACACUGUUCUCAACACGCUGUCAGCAAACAGAUGACGUGACGCAAACAGAGGGCUCUCAGCAGCUCCAGCUCCAGCACUCAGACUCUUCAGAGAAGCAGCAGCCCAAGAGGUUACAUGUCUCCAACAUUCCCUUCCGCUUCCGGGACCCCGACCUAAGGCAAAUGUUUGGGCAAUUUGGAAAGAUUUUAGAUGUGGAGAUUAUCUUUAAUGAGCGAGGAUCCAAGGGCUUUGGGUUUGUAACUUUUGAAACAAGCACAGAUGCUGAUCGUGCACGGGAGAAACUAAACGGUACAAUCGUAGAGGGACGCAAAAUAGAGGUGAACAACGCGACAGCACGGGUGAUGACAAACAAAAAAGUGGCCAACCCUUACACGAACGGCUGGAAGCUGAAUCCAGUGGUGGGAGCUGUCUAUGGUCCUGAACUCUACGCCGUUACAGGGUUUCCCUACCCUGCCACAGGCGCUACGGUGGCCUACAGGGGUGCCCACUUGCGAGGUCGAGGGCGGGCUGUGUACAACACGUUCCGCACAGCUCCACCACCGCCACCGAUCCCAGCUUACGGAGCGGUGGUGUACCAAGAUGGCUUCUAUGGUGCAGAGAUCUAUGGUGGCUAUGCAGCGUACAGAUUUGCCCAGCCCACCACCACCGCUGCUUACAGUGACAGCUAUGGCAGAGUCUAUGCAACAGCAGACCCCUACCACCACACGAUUGGCCCUGCUGCCACAUACAGUGUGGGGACUAUGGCUAGCCUAUACAGAGGAGGGUACAGUCGCUUCACUCCCUACUAAAAGAAAGAAAGAAAGAAAGAAAAGAGACAGAGACAUUACCCCAACAAACAAACACAAAAAAAAAACAAUCUAAAAAAAGAAAAGACAAACUCAAAACAAGCGAGCGCCCGGUCCUUCCCCCCCGACACCCUCCAAAGCCGAUAUUUCUACAAACAACCUAUUUGAUGUCAUCAUCGGUCUGCUCUUGUUUUGUAUCAUUUUGUGCUUUUUAUUUGGAAAGUUUUAUGCACAUGUGCAUUUUCUUGACUGCUGUAUAUGGGUGCUGUGUCACCAUAACCAAUGUGAGCCUACUGCAGCACGCAUGAUGCAUGCUCAGAGGUGUGUGUAUGCAGCCGCUGUCAUCUGACUAAGAACAUACUGGGGCAUUUCUUUUUCUUUUUUUGUUUGUUUUUAAUGAUACAUACGUGAUAAAAACACACCAGGUGUGUGUGUGUGUGUGAUCACUAAACAUUUGCAUUAACGCAGACGAAGCUCACAUGCCUCGGUAAUUCUUAGCUGGAAGACGGCUCUGCUCCGACUGCUUCUGUUCUUCCUUUGAAACGUUGGAGUCCUCCUGUUGUUGGAGCGCUACAAGCUGUACGAUGUGGUAUGACAGCAUGCAGAGUAAAAAAAAAAGGUCAUGAAGGUCAGAUUUCAUACUUCAGCCCCGUCUCCUGCAAAUUACUCCACGUCUAUGCAACUAUUCUGCGUCAGAGGUCGUGUAACGAUGGCUGGGUGGUGUUCAGGGGCAAAGAGGUGUAGCGCACCUGGAGGUAAAUAUGGAGGGAUGUUUGAUUUUCCCACCAGCAGCAGCCGGAGUUAGCAUCUCGUCUCUGUCUCUGCUAGUUGGUUUUUAAAUGCUUCACGAGGCCAAAAGAACCAAAUAUACGCAACGGUUCCCAAAACUUCAGGGAGUUGUAUUUGUUUCUGUGAGAUGUAACUUAACAAUAUAAAGACACACUGAAGGUUAAAGAGCCUCGUCUUGUGUUAUUCACAGGAAAAACUCAAAAUUCAAACUGUCACUAGUUAUUGCGAUGAUUGUAAUAUGAAAUAUUUCUAAAUUACGUCACUCAAUCAUCAGUGUCGUCUUUCAUUAGCGGCUCUUUGUUUGGAGACAGACUGAUGAAAUUCUGUAUUUUAAAAGGUUUCGCAGCAACAUCUCUGUGAUGAAAAAGUUUUUGUGUCAGAUCUAGAAUACAGAAUAUAAACAUCACGACGAAUUUCUGUUCCUUCAGUCAAUGAACUGAAUAUUCUAUCGUGAGUCACUGAAGCCAAACGUUGAAGGAAAUGCCCCAAAGUUUUUCAGCUUCUGCCCAAAUCUCCAAACUGUUUCCACGUGUCUGCAGCGUUUCCCCAACAUGCAAAGAGUUGCACGUGAACUUAAUUUGCAGAAGACACGGUUGCAUAUCCUCACUAAUACACGUCAGAUAAACUGUACUCAAGGUGCACACAUCUUCCACACACACACACACACACACACACACACACAGCAGAGGGCUGUUUUUUCUCUUUUUUAAGCAUUGCACAAGAUGUUUUACCUCAGGAUAAGCUAACUGAAACUCACAGACUGAAAUACAGUGCUGUUCACUUCUCAGCAGGCAGGAUAGUUUCAUUUCUAACACAACCAGCAGGUUUGUCCUCUUUGCAACACGAAGAGCUGAUUUCUGAUUUUUCUGUUUAAGCAGAGACCCCAAGAGAGGAUGAUAAAAAUAAGACUGUACUGUUGUUCUUUAUUAAAGCUACUGUAUUAUAUAUAUGUAGACAUAUACUGUAUAAAACAUUUCAACUGUAUACACACACACACACACACACACUCGAGUACAGUAAGAUAUUAUAUAAAAGCACCCCGGAGUCAGGAGACACGAUGUAAAUGCCUCUUAGUCCACGUACAGCGGCUGCAUUGGCUUCUGUUCCAACUUUGUGCUACGUGAGGUGAAUCUCUGUGUAGCUGUCCAGACUUCAGUGCAGCCAUUGAAACACGACUCAAAGCUAUUGCCAAUAAUAUUUAAUUUCUAUGUACUCACGAAAGUGUUUGUGGUCUCAAAAGAGAAAAGAAAAAAAAUCUGUUUGUUGCACUUUAUUUGAUUUCUUUGUUUUUUUCAAGACUUUUUUUUUCCGAGAUGUAACAUAUUUAUAAAAGUAUCAUAUACAGCUAGUUAUGUUUAGUCGAGAUGUUAAAAUGAUAUAGAGUAAUGUUGUAUAUCAAAAAAAAAAAAAAGAAGAAGAUGAAGCUCUCAUGAGUCAAAGAAAAUCUUUCUGUGGGGAAACAAAACGUUGUUCUUCCUUUUCUAUGCUCGUACGUACGCAACAUUUGGGGUUUUUUAUAUAUGAGUCCAAAAAAACAAACUUUGAAUAUUAUUUUUACCGUUUUCAAACAGAACCGGUUUGUGCAUCUGUACACGCGUGGGUGUUCAGUCGGUGACCACCGUCAGUGAGCUAGGCUGGAAUGAAAUCGAUUUUUUUUGGGGGGGGGUUUCUGAUCUGAAUGUGUGUGCCUAUGUGCUAUACAGUAUUAUAUAUGCAUUUGAAUGUAUGUGUGUGUGAGUGUGUGUGUGAGACGGAGAGAUAGGAAGCGAAUGCAGUUUGCUGACACGCUGUAGUUUGCAGUGAGCUUACAGUUUCACGUGACUUCACUCCGAGUCCCUGUAAUAACAUCACUGACCUCAAAGAAGUUUAAUCAGUUUAAUCGUCAAGUAACGAAGCAGAGCAGGCGCACGUGAUGUUUCACACGCGAUACAUUUGGACUGAAAGUGAGAAGAAAUGUCCAAAUAUUCCUGUCGGUGAUACGUCAGCUAAACUAACUUUGGUUGAGCACUGAUACGUCAUUUUUAAUAAACCAAAUUUAAGAUUUAUAGUCAGGAACAGACUUCAGUUGUUGCUGCAGCUUCAGUCCAAUCACACCUCGGCUGUAAACAGCCUUUCAGCGCCGGUCGGACUCUCGUGUUUCACCUGCGUUCAGUAUUUCCGGUCGUGUUUGAGACUUUUUGAUGAGAGUCGAGCGUUGUUGUUGUUGUUGUUGGGUGAGAAAAAUCUCCCGUGAUUAAUCAGCUAGUCCAGAUGUUUUUCAGAGAUCUGUCUGAGGAGAGGCUCGGUGAAUUCAAGUUAAAACAAUGUUAGAUUAGUUAUCAACAGAUCUGAAUAUCUGGUUAACGUGAAGAGUUCAGAGAUGGACAGAACUUUUCCGAUGUGUUCUGUAGUCUGAAGUUAUGUCAGACAGCUGUAUUCAUUUGUUUUGUGCUUAUGGGAUCAAAUAACCAAAUCCUAAGCAAGAUAUUUAAGGAGGGAAGAGGCUUUGUCUGAAGGUCGCAGAGUCUGAAACACCUUAAACCAUCAUCGACAUUUCAGGAGCAGUCGAUGACUGAAACGUCCCGAUGUGACGUUAAAUGAAGAAGUUAUAUAUCUCCAGUUUAAAUCAUUCAGAUAUGAAUUUAAAGCACAAAAUACAAACUCGUGCAAAAAAGAAGAAAACAAGCACCGAAACAUUUGCAUGCACUGUAAAAACUAAAAACUGCUGUUUUUACAGUAAAAGUCUAAUAUUACAGUUAAAGGAUAUUAGUGCUGUUGAAACACUGUUCUGUCGUAAAAUAUUACAGCGUUUUACUGUUAACAGUCUAAAAUGCUGAAUAAAUAAAGGUUUUGAAAUAUGACAGUGUUUGACUGUAUACACUGAAACAGUCGUGACAUAUUUUACUGUAAAAAUCUACAGACAUGCUCAUGAAAAAGGAAAAGAUUGGACUUUCUAAUAUUUCAUAGUUUGUCCGAAUGAGCUGUGUCACAUUAAAGUCAGCAGCCUUUGUGCAGUUUCAUCCGGAUUCGUCAGCUCCUCGUUAGCCUCCUAAUCAUUAAAAACAAACGUCUGCAGUUUUGCCUCCAAAGUCAGACGUUGCAGACUCUUUAACUUCUGCUGUCAUGUUAUUACGGGGUCGUGUCUGAGUGUGGUCACGUCAGUCUGCACGGGUUUGUCUACAGUUUACAGAAAAAGUUGAAGUUGGCGUCGUUUAACUGUUUCAGUGUCAGCUUAUCAAGGCUUCAAAAUGUUGCAGACGUAACAUGUAAAUAAUCCUGGUAGUCGGUAUUGUAGAGGUCUGAGCCGUUUAAUUCUGCUUACAGUAAGUCUAAAGUAAUUUAAAUGUGAAUUUAUAAAAACAAACACUUUGAUAUUUUUUGGUUACGUUUGCUUUCGUUGUAUUCCAUAACCAGCUUAAUAUGCAACCAGACCUCUAUUUGAUCCAAACAUCUGUUCGUACUUAUUAAAUAGUAGUAUUGAGAUAUGUUUACAUAAAAGAACACUCUUUAUUCAUCAUUUAUAUUUAAUACAAGUAUUCACUAAGCCCUGAUAAGCUGGCGGGUGCAUUUAUUAAUCCACCUAAAAGAUUUGUACAAAAGAGAACCAAGCAAAAAAGUUACAGUCCUUGUAAAUACAUUUAAAUGUAUAUACACACACACACACACAUUAUAUCGCAAUUCUCUGACUAACUGUUUUAUAUGUAUUCCUAUAUGAAGUGGGGUUAUCUGUGUGUUUUCAAUUCAGCUGAACUUGUUCUUGAAUUGUAUGUAAUUUCUAUCAUGAGAAUAUAUUGUCUGACAGGUGUAAAGUAACUUUUUUCUUUUGGAUUAAUUUCAUAGGUAAAAGUAUACUAUUAUGACUCUUUGAUUUAUUCAUGAAUUCUUUAUGUUGUCAACAUGUGACAUAUAAGUAACCUCUGAUUGUUUUGAGUGUCAGAAUAAAGCAGUUAUAAGAACA